UUUCCCCCAAUUAAUUCAAUAAAAAUCUGCCGACUUUUCUGUUUGGUUUAUCUCCUUCCUCGGCGGUGCUCUCUCCGAUCUAUAGCUUCCACCAUCUCUGGUAGGUAACAUGGUAUCAGAGCAAAAUCUUGCUAUUCUUGAUCGGAAAUUUUCCCCUUCGACGAGUUUCCAGGACGAGUGGGUGAUCUCCCGAGUGUUUCAGAAGUUCGGCGUGGGUGCUGGCGGGAAUGGCUGCACGGCGAGUAACAACACCGCCCCCACCUCCUCCGCCAAGAAGCCGCGCUCCACCGCGGCGAUGAGCAGCGGCAGCAGCGCUUACCAGGAGAUGAGCUCGCCGCCCUCCGCCGUCUCGCACCUCCCUGCUCUCCUCUACCCCACCACCGCCGACAGCUACUCCUACGACGGUGGCGGCGUCGGGCGCCACAACCAGCAGCAGCACGUGUCCUGUUAUUCUCCCCUCCUCUAUCCCCUCUCCAAACAACCAACUCUCUCUCUCUCUACCGGCCAUCGGGAAAUCUCAACCGCCGGCCAAAGCCUCCAUUCUAUUCCCUCGCUUUUGUGAUAAUAUCACCGAAAUGGCUAUUACAGGAAGAGAUAUAGAUCGAAUCAAAGGUCCAUGGAGCCCCAAGGAAGACGACAAGCUCCAGCGCCUCGUCGAGAAGCACGGCCCGCGGAACUGGUCGCUGAUCAUCAAGUCGUCCCGAGCUCAAUUAGAACGAUCAUCAUCACGAGCUGAAUUCUUCUUCUGUUCUCAAAUAGUAUCAUCCAUGAAACCCUUCUUCCACACCAUUAUUUUCCUGCUGCCCCACAGGAACGGACAGCUACAGAAGAUCCAGAUAGAUCAAUUAGCUUUUGCCUAUACUAGGUUUUUUUCUCCUUUCUUGGUGAACAGUCUUCCUUAUACUAUAAUUAGGUCAUGAAACAAGACACUACAUUUACACAAGUAUAUAUAGUACUACUACUGAAUCACGCAUUCAUACAUCUACACAAAAAUAGUACAAGAAAGCAGACGUAUUCACAUCGGGUAAAUGAUGUAUCAAAAGCAUCCUAAUGUAGAACAUAAGUCUCGUGAAGCAAAACAUAAACACCACAAAGUGAGCCAUAAAUAUUUUUAAAUCACACAAAAAACCUUAUUAUACAAACCAUAACUCUCCUAAAACAAACCAAAAACACCACAAAACACACUAGAAACUUCAUAAAACAAACUACAAACACAGUAAAACAAACCAUAAAAAACAUACCAAAAACCUCUCAACGCAUGUCACAAAUUCCCUAAAACAAACCAGAAACAUCACAAACCAAACCACAAAUAUUUUGAAAGCACACCAGAAAACUCAUAACGCAAACCAUAAACAUCGUAAAGCAAACCACAAAAACAAACCAGAAACGUCCUAAUGCAGACCAAAAAUAUAUUAAAACAAACCAGAAACCUCACGAAACAAACCAUAGAAUUUUCAAAAACACACUAGAAACCUCAUAAUACAAACCACAAACACGUUAAAGCAAACCACAAAAACAAACCAGAAACCUCCUAAUGCAUACCACAAAUCUCCUAAAACAAACCAAAAACCCCACAAUGCAAAACACAAAUUUUUUGAAAGCAAACCAGAAACUUCUCAAUGCAAACCAUAAACACGAUAAAGCAAACUAGAAACUUCUCAAUGCAAACCACAAACACAAUAAAGUAAACCACAAAAGGCAUACAAAAAUGUGUGAAACCAAACCAUAAAUCUCACAAUGUAGACCAUACAUCCGGUGGUCGUUGACCGUUGACUGGUCAACGAAGACCGUUGACCGGUCAACGAAGUUCGUUGACCAAACUCCGAUGACCGUCAGUGACCGGAUUCUGGCGCCGAUAAGCAUAUUCCGGCCCCGGUGACUAGAUUCCGAUGCCGGUAAGUAUAUUCCGACGCCGGUAAGCAUAUUCCGGCGACGGUGAGCAUAUUCCAAUGACAAAAUAGCAUAUUCCGGCGACAAAAAAGCAUAUUCCGGUGACCGGCGACCAUAUUUCGGCGAUCGGUGACCGAAUUCCGGCGACCAAAUUUUUGGGCAGAAAAUAAAAAAAUAUUUUUUUUAUUUUUUUUUAUUUUCAUAAUGACAAUUAUACCCCUAUUUUGAUUUUACACUAGGUCAACUCAUCUAAUAAAAAGUCAUCACAAUCCUAGCUUCCUAUUGGUUGGGAACUAGUGUUGUUACAAUAACAACAUAAAAAGUGUUGUUACACUAUCUAGUCCCCUCUUCUUGCCUUGAAUUGGAUCGAAUUUUUCUUUGAUCAAUGAGGGGAACGAGGUCAGGAUCUCAGAUGGCAAUGGUCCAAUGGGCUUGGCUUGUCUUAACUGAGUAGAAAUCACUUUCUCUCAAGUGUAUUUUUUUAAUCACACCUCCUGCCUAGGUCUUUAAUGUGUGAACUGCCAAUGAGGGGAACAACCAUGUUUGUUUUGUUUCCUUCCUUCAUUGUAAAAUCUCUAUGCCUGAGCUCCUUGUUGUCGAUCUAUCUUAUAAUUUUCCUGUUAUUAAUGGAUUUUGUUCCAUCCCAUCGAGUUUCCAAGAAGUGUGAAUCAGCUUGAUUCGUUUCCUUCUUGCCUCGUUUUAGAUGCCAAUUUUCUUCCAUCCCACCGAGUUUCCAAGAAGUGUGAAUCAACUUGAUUCGUUUCCUUCUUGCCUCAUCUUUGGAUGUCGAUUUUCUUCUUUCCAAUCGAGUAUCCAAGAAGUGUGAAUCACCUUGAUUCGUUUCCUUCUUGCCUCGUUUUUAUAUUUCUCUAUUACCGAUCUGGUUGAGCUUUCACAGAGCGUGCCUCAAAAGAAUAUUUGUUGUUCUUGAUUAAUAAUUCUUUCUAAUUCGAGUUUCUGGAGAGUGUGAAUCUUAUACAUUCAUUAUUCCUCCCUCCCUCGCUGUUUUCUUUCUUGAUUUUCCAAUCAAUCGUGUUUGAAGUUUGGAAGAUCAUAUUCAAUGAUUCAGUUUAUCUCCUCUGAGGUGAUCGGUAACAUUGUACUUUUCUGUCUCCCAAUCAAUUGCCUCUGCUAUCUAGUUUGUUUAAGUUAAAUGAUUGAUGUUGAAUUAUAGAUUUUGGUUGUUGUGAAAAGCAGAGAGUGUGGCACUCUGAUAUUGCUUGUUGUCAAAGUGUUUCAUAUUCCUACAACCAUACUGCCGAAGAAUUGAUCAUUGUUAUGGCUUCUCUUGUUGGAUUUCCAUACUGAUUUUUGUGUGAUACCCUACUGUCCUCUGUUUGCAUUUCCUUGUUGAGUUAAAAACUUGGAAUCUCUCAUUCCAUGUCCUCUCAUUUGAUUCAAUAUUCGUUUCCCCUUAUGCCUAUUGUAUUAAACAUAAUUUAGUUGUCACAUGCGUUGUCAAUUGGAUUCCACUGAUUUGUUAUGUGUUAAUCAAUUUGCCAUGGCUUCUCUGCUCGCACUCACCAUUUAGCAUAGCCACAUUUAUCUUCAAUGUAAUAGUUGUCACCUCUGGAAAUGUUUUCAGGAAUGAUAUGAUUACUUGAAAUCCCAGAACAUUGUUCUGCUUAACUGUCAAUUGACAUCCCCUCUAUUCAACUUACAUUUUGUGAUGGAGUACAUAUUUCGAUUGCUAAAAUUGCAAAGCAUAUAAGUUGAGCUGCUUCUCAGCCUACUAAUUGCUUCUUAUCAUUCUUUAUCUUGUUUUCUUCUCUCUAUGACACAUCUUGCAAGUUGAAAGUGUAUAUAUUUAGUUGGCAAGACUUCAGGUAGAAUUGGAUGUACUCUUGCAAGGCAACUUGAAUGUGCUUUGAUAUUUUGAUGGCCUGUGCUGUGUCAUCAUGAAUGCUACAUUCUGUGUUUGCAAGUUGCAGAAGAAUUUUUUAUUUACAGAGAACUGAAAUCAUGUUCUUCAUUUUUUUUUAAUUAGUGAAUUUUGUUAAGAAUCUCUUAUUCUAGCAUGAUUUUGCUACCGUGGUGGAUUUAGACACUGCUUUCAAUUAAUUGGUCUGCUAAUUUGUGCUUAUUUCAUUCCCAUAACUUCCUCCUUUUCUUGGUUAUCAGCAAUGAAGCAAUUUGCCUUGUAUCUGUUUGGUUUUGUUCUAUGGAAAUGAAGUCCAUAUCAUUCCUGGACUCUGAUAUUUUCAAAUACUAUAUCUUAUCUCCUACUAAAGUUGUGAACCAAGCUCCUAUAAGGAAUUGUAAUUCGAGGACCUAGCUGCAACUUUUAGUUAGAAAUAGGACUGUUAUGUAAUGGUUCUUUACUUUGUGUACUUAAUAGGAUUUUAGCCUUUGUAUAUAUAUUGGCUAUGUAAUUGACGUGCGAAUUUUCCCCAAUCAAUUCAAUAAAAAUCU